AUGGCUUCCUUUGAAUUUGAUAAUGUCAAGGCUGAGAAAGAAGAUGCUUUAUGGAGAUACAACAUGGAGAAGAAGUUGAAGAUCAGGCUCCACUUAACCGGAUUUUUGUUGGCUUUGUUUUUGUUGUCAUGGUCUUGGUUCCCUACUUUGAUCUCUGCCACCUUUGCGGUCGCCGGAGAUUUUCUCCGUCGUGUUGUCUCUACUUUUAACGAACCUCUCUUUACUUUCGUCCUUGCAAACUUCAUCAUCAUGGUUAUUUAUAUAAUAUCUGGCCAAAAACAGACCCAGAAACAAGCUACCAGCACGGACAUGGACAUCUACGAUGAAUACGUCUGCAGUUCACGCCGGAGUAUACCCACACACACCGCCUCCACGGUGGCUCCGGAAACGGAAGAGACCGUGAUGGACAAGCAAAUCAUUUUUGAAGUAAAUGCGGCUCCUCUUUCUCCCGCAAAGCAGCUAGAAACGACAGUUGAUACUGAUACAAUUAGAGAUACAAAAAUUCCCCCCUCACCAGUUAAACAACAUACGACGACGAUGGCCCGUACAAUACUGACAAAGACAAAGCCGGCGGCCGUGUCUUCAGCUGAAUUGAAGGAAAAGGAAUACCGAAGAAGUCAAUCAAUGGUUUCGGAAUCUCGAAACCAGAGGCCCGUGGAGCUUCGGAGAUCCAAGACGAUUAUCGGCGGCGGAAAGCUGGUGACUUCAAGUAUAGAGCCGCGGAAGAAAUCAAUGGACGAAAUGAGCAGCGAAGAGUUUCAGCUGAUUAUAGAUAGUUUCAUCGCUGAGAGAAAGAAAACACUGCUGCAAGAAAAUACUGCCCCAUCACACUAG